UGAGGAUCCACCCUGUGAAACCAAAUUCUUUCAUAAUUACCCUCUUGUAUUUCUUGUUCUGAUUGCAUACACCACUAAGCUCCACCACUUCUGGAGGAAAAAAAAUUAAAAAAAAGUGCAUCCAGUGGUCUCUGUAAGGCAGAGCUAGAUGAGACCUGCUCUAUGAACUUCAGCAGGACUUUAGGAGCAACAUUUAAAAUGUUAAAGGCAGUUUUAAAAAAGAGCCGAGAGGGUGGAAAAGGGACCAAGAAAGAUCCAGCAGGUGAUUGCUGCCCAGAGAAUGCCUCACAGGCUGUAGCCACAUCUGGCCCCGGUGCAGAUUUGCCCCCGGGGGAGCAGCCAGGCCCCGAGGACACCUACAGAAUGAACGUGGCCAAGGGGGUGUCGAUGUCCCUGCCCUCCUCGCCCCUGCUGCCACGCCAGCCCUACCUCCUGCAGGCCAGGGCGAGCAAGAAGUCUCCAGGUCCGGUGAGGAAGCCCAAGUAUGUGGAAAGCCCGCGCGUGCCCGGAGAGGCGGCAGUGCCCCCGCGGAAGGUUCCGGAGCCAGGAGAGCCCAGCCCUGGCGCAAAGCCUGACAAAGACUCGAGCUGUUCUCCUGCAGCACAAGAAUUGAUGACAAGAUUGGGUUUUUUACUGGGGGAAGGGAUUCCAACUUCUGCUCACAUGGAAGAGAAAAACGAAGUUAUGUGUGCAGUGCCCAGCCGAGGAGUGAGUCCCUGUUCCACCCUGACCAGCAGCACCACAUCUCCCAGCACCGACAGCCCCUGCUCCACCCUCAACAGCUGCGCCGGCAAAGCCGCGGCCAAGGGCAGCCCCUGCGGCACCGUGAGCACCCCCAGCUCCACCCUGGAGAGCAAGGACAGUGGCAUCAUAGCUACUAUAACCAGUUCAUCAGAAAAUGAUGAUCGUAGUGGAUCCAGUUUGGAAUGGAGCAAGGAUGGGAGUCUCAGAGCUGGAAAACAUCAUGGCAUCAGUCGUGAUCGAAGGACAGAUAAUUGUUCACCAGUUGCAGAAGAGGAGGCCCUUGGAUCUGCUGAGAAUUUGCCAAAGGAAAUACCAACAGGAGAGGGUCCCCUUCCUUACGCUCAGAGUUCUGGCUCUCUAAUAAUGCCUCGUCCAAACUCCGUUGCAGCAACAAGUUCAACCAAGCUGGAGGAUCUGAGUUACCUGGAUGGCCAGAGGAACACUCCCCUGCGCACGUCCAUUCGCUUGCCUUGGCACGGCGCGGCCGGAGGGAGAGCACAGCACCAAGCUCGUUUCAUCCCCUACAAGCCCCAGGACAUUUUGCUGAAGCCGCUGCUGUUCGAGGUGCCGAGCAUAACCACAGACUCGGUGUUUGUUGGGAGAGACUGGCUGUUCCAGGCCAUUGAAGAAAAGCUGCAGAGUCCUGACCCAGCAGGGAGCAGGGGAGUGGUCAUCACUGGAAACGUGGGAUUUGGGAAGACUGCUGUCAUCUCACGGCUGGUGGCACUCAGCUGCCACGGGAGUCGCAUGAGGCAAAUCGCUUCCAACAGCCCCAGUUCAUCCCCCAAAAAUGGUGACUCCUGCCAGGAGAUUCCCUUAAGCCAGUUACCCCCAUGUGCCCCUCCAGCAGGUGACCCCAGUACCAGUGACAUUAAGGUGAAGACUCUGACUUGUCCUGCUGCUCCUGAAUCCAGAGCUCAGGCGGGAGAUGCUGUGAGGCGCCUUGCUUCCAAGGUGGUGGCCUAUCACUACUGCCAGGCUGACAACACGUACACGUGCCUGGUGCCCGAGUUCGUGCACAGCGUGGCCGCGCUGCUGUGCCGGUGCCAGGGGCUGGCAGCGUUCCGGGAGCUGCUGGGCAGGGAGCCCCAGCUGCAGAGCCUGCUCAGCCUGCGCUCCUGCGUGCAGGACCCCGCCUCGGCCUUCAGGAGGGGAGUGCUGGAGCCACUCACACACCUCAGGAAAGAGCAGAAGAUUCCUGAGGAAGAAUACAUAAUUUUGGUAGAUGGUUUAAAUGAUGCUGAAUUUCAUAAACCUGAUUAUGGUGACACAAUUUCUUCAUUUAUCACAAGUAUAAUCUGUAAGUUUCCUCCCUGGCUGAAGCUCAUUGUGACUGUAAGAACUAACUUCCAGGAAGUAGUAAGUUCACUACCAUUUGUUGCAAUAUCCCUGGACAAUUUUCCAGACAACAAAGAAAUUCACGAUGAUUUGAAUGCUUACAUUCAGUACAGAAUUAAUAGCAGCCAGGAAAUCAUAAACAACAUAUCUUUAAAUGGAAAAGCUGAUGCAGGUACUAUUGGGAAAGUGAGUAACCACCUGAUCAUGAGAAGCCUGGGAUCUUAUCUCUAUUUGAAACUCACUCUGGAUCUUUUCCAAAAGGGUCACUUAGUAAUCAAAAGUGCAAGCUACAAGGUUGUUCCUGUGUCUCUGUCAGAGCUGUACUUACUGCAGUGCAAUAUGAAGUUCAUGACAAACUCUGCUUUUGAGCGAGCCCAGCCCAUCCUCAAUGUGGCACUGGCAUCCCUGCAUCCCAUGACAGAUGAGCAGAUUUUCCAGGCUGUUAAUGCAGGACAGAUAAAUGGGGAACACCAGUGGGAAGACUUCAGCCAGAGGAUGGAAGCUCUUUCGUGUUUUCUGAUCAAAAGACGUGACAAAACACGCAUGUUCUGCCAUCCUUCCUUCAGGGAAUGGCUUGUCUGGAGAGCAGAUGGUGAAAAUACUGACUUCUUAUGUGAGCCAAGGAAUGGACAUGCUCUACUGGCUUUCAUGUUUUCUCGACAAGAGGGAAAGUUAAAUCGCCAACAAACUAUGGAACUUGGUCAUCACAUCCUUAAAGCUCACAUUUUUAAGGGGCUGAGUAAAAGGACCGGAAUUUCUUCCAGUCAUCUCCAAGCCUUGUGGAUUGGUUAUAGUACUGAUGGACUGUCCACAGCCCUGGCUUCUCUAAGAAACAUCUACACACCCAAUGUGAAGGUGAGUCGGCUGCUGAUUUUGGCAGGAGCAAAUGUGAAUUACAGGACCGAAGUACUGAAUAAUGCUCCAGUGCUGUGUGUUCAGUCACACCUUGGGCAUGAAGAAGUGGUCACUCUUCUACUAGAAUUUGGAGCUGCUAUUGAUGGAACCUCAGAAAACGGGAUGACAGCCCUGAGUUACGCAGCCGCUGCCGGUCACAUGAACAUUGUGUCACUGCUGUGUAAGAGAGGUGCAAAGGUGAGCAGAGUGUGCAGCCAGGAGAGUCAGGUGGUUCACUACAUCCUGACAGUAGAAAAGGACCAUGACAUGGAUAUCAAUGACACUGAUGCCUUGUGGGGAGAAACAGCCCUGACAGCUGCUGCCGGCCGAGGGAAGCUGGACGUGUGCGAGUUGCUCCUGGGGCGCGGGGCGGCCGUGACGAGAGCCAACAGGAGGGGGAUGCCCCCGCUGCUCUGCGCCGUCCGGCAGGGCCACUGGCAGAUUGCUAAACUUCUAGUGGAGCAUGGGGCUGACGUGAAUUUAAGUGACAAGCAGGGCCGAACACCACUGAUGGUGGCUUCUUGUGAAGGACAUCUGAGCACUGUGGAAUUUCUGCUUUCUGAAGGUGCAGCUAUUUCCUCUCUGGACAAGGAAGGACUGACAGCUCUGAGCUGGGCAUGUCUGAAAGGCCACAGGGAAGUGGUUCAGUAUUUAGUAGAGAAAGGUGCAACAACUGAUCAGACAGACAAAAAUGGACGAACACCCCUAGAUUUGGCAGCGUUUUAUGGAGAUGCUGAUAUUGUGCAGUAUCUGGUGGAGAAAGGAGCACUGAUAGAGCACGUGGAUCACAGUGGGAUGCGGCCGCUGGACAGAGCGAUCGGCUGCCGCAACACCGCGGUCGUGGUGACACUGCUGAGAAAAGGAGCUAAGCUGGGAAAUGCAGCCUGGGCUAUGGCCACCUCGAAACCUGAUAUCCUCCUGAUUCUGCUGCAGAAACUGAUGGAAGAAGGAAAUGCACUGUACAAAAAAGGCAAGAUGAAGGAAGCAGCCCAGCGCUAUCAGUAUGCCCUGAGGAAGUUCCCGAGGGAAGGCUUUGGAGAGGAGAUGAAAGCUUUCACUGAGCUGAGAGUUUCACUCUACCUGAACCUGUCACGGUGUCGCCGAAAAACAAAUGAUUUUGGAAUGGCUGAAGAGUUUGCUACCAAAGCUUUGGAUCUGAAGCCCAGGUGCUACGAAGCCUAUUACGCCAGAGCAAGAGCCAAGAGGAACAGCAGAAAGUUACUUGCUGCUCUUGCUGACCUACAUGAAGCCACUCAGCUGUGUCCCAGCAAUCAGGAGAUAAAACGUCUCCUGGCUCGAGUGGAAGAGGAAUGCAAACAGUUGCAGAGAACACAGCAACAGAAACAUCAGUCUGCACAGCUACUGGAGCAAACCAACAACUCUGAUAAUGAGGAGGGUGUUGUAUCAGGCGUGAAGGAGAAUUUCAGUCCUCAAGACAGGGAGGAUGAACUGUCACACCCUGAUGAAUCUGUUUCCCCACCACAAAGGCUGCAAUGUUCCUCAGCUGCUUCAUCGUUCAGCAGGACCCUUCAGGAAGGUGUUCAGCAGAAAGCUCGGUCUGUGUCCCCUCAGAGCAGAACAAGCAGUAAGUACCUGAGAGAGCCAGGCUUGAUCAUGCAGCCAACAAAGCAGGCACAGAUUGUAAAAACUAAUCAGCACCUGAGCUCCAUCCAGCCUGGAUCUAAACCAGGAAGCAAUCAAGGUAAUACAAAGGCACAAUCAUCUGUGCAGCAUCAUCCCCUAAGUCCCUUGCCCGUCCCACACUCUAGAAGUCAGCAUUUGGAUGGGACAAGCACACUGUCAUCUGGAAGCAUUUCCGCAGAUCCCAGUGCUGAACUGUGCAGUGAAAAGUUCACGUCCAGCCAGUGUUCCCAUCCACAGCAUCACAAGACUCUCUCUUCUCAUUCUUUUGCCAGCAAGUCUAAACCCGCAGACAGGUCAACAGCCCCUGCUCAGAUGAACUUUGGUAACACAAGGCAGCAAAGCCCUGUACCCAGUGCUGUCUCUUCGAGCUCUCCAUCCAACAGUGUGAUUCUGGCCAGCUCAGGCAGCAGCUUCACCUCAGCCAGCAGCUUUUCAGGCAGUGUUAAGGGGCUGGGCCCUGACGUUCGACUCAAGGAGAGUAACGUGAGUCAGGUUCAGGGUACUGAGCACCGACCUCGCAAUACCCCAUUUAUGGGAAUCAUGGACAAGACUGCAAGGUUCCAGCAGCAAAAUAUGCAAUCCAGUCGCACUUGGCACGCUCAGGCAUCAGAUGGAUUAUCCACAAACGUUGCUCCUGGGGGCAUCCAGCCCUCAAACUUGGAGCAGUUCUCAGUGAAACACUACCAAACUAAAAUCCCCUCUCUGGCUGCUGCCCUGGGAGAUGGCAACCAGAGCAGUGUGCAAGCGAGAGACCGCGAGGAACUCCCGUGCCCAGUCCCUCCCCACUGUCCAGACCAAUCCCCCAGCCAAGGUUCUCAUUCAUACCCCGAUGCUGCAGCCAAACCCCCGUCCCACAGCAGCCAGGACGGGCCCCUCAGCCACACGGCAAAACCAAAGCGAUCCUUCAUUGAAUCAAAUGUAUAAAUCCUACUUUGGGUGUUUACUGGGUAAACCUGGCUCAGCACAGGGUGUGACUGCUCUCACAACACUCACUGGCUGGGCACAGCUAGUCCGAGGGAACAGCCCGUGCUGGCCAGUCCUUACUGGGAUACAACCACUUCAAACUGUUCCUACCAGCACAGGACAGUGACAGUAACUGGAAUAACAGACUUCUGUAGGAAGAGUCAUUUAGGGUUGUCCAACCAACAGAGUAGGACCUCGAGCAGAGAAAUCCUUUCCAUUACAUUUUACCAUUAAAUAGGACUUUCCUUUCACGUAGGGCUUCAAUCUUGGCUUUUGGUUCUGUUGCAUCUCACACGUAAUACUUGUGCCUCUCCAGUGCUUAAGUGCUUACUUCUCACAGCAGUGUUAAUGGAAGAUAAUCUGCUGCAGAAUACUCAGAUCUGUACAUGCAUGCAUUUUUUUAAAUCAAAGAUAGUAUUUUAUCACUUUUUUAGUGGGAUGUAAUUUGGGUUGCAUGAUGUACAUUUAGGAAGCAUAAAUAAUUUGUGUAUGAGUAAACUAUAAGCAGGUUUGACAUGUAAAUAUAACUAUUUUUGGUAACUAGGAGAAAUCAAAUAAAAUAAAGAGUGACAUUUGCAUGUGUAUUAAAGAAGCUUUGACCAUAUUGGUUAUUGCACUGAAGAACACAAUAUUAUGGCCUAUUAACAAUAAUUGCACUUUAUAUAGGUUAUCUAAUCACCUUUGGGUGCUAUCUUAAAGCAAAAUGAUUUAUUGUUUAUUUGUGAAAAGGUACAGCAGUUAAAUGCCUAGUGAGUGUUUUUAUGGGAAACCUAACAAAUGGAUGGAGUGAAGAUGAAAGUUUGAGGAAAAGUGUAUGUGCAGUUGCAUGACAGGAUGAAGCUGUGAAGUUUUUUUUGGAGGAAAUGAGGUUUUAUAUUGGCAAGAACAUUCUGAAAAGGAACGGCUGCAGCGAACGUUGCGAUGAGUGCAAUUCGUUUGGAGAGCUCAGCUUUACACUCUGCCCAUCGUGUUGGUUACAGUGCUCUGUGUCCAGUGGAAGCAGCUGUACCCAGCUCUACAAGUCCUUUUGGAGUUUGCAUCAUUAUGCUUUAGCUUAUUUAUUGUUUACCGGUUCUUCGAUAUUUUGUACAAUUCAUAUAUUAGUCUUGUCCUGUAGUUCUAUUUUUGCACAGCUACUGUAUUUUUUUCCAUACAAAAUAAAGAUGCUUAAUAUA